CGAUGGUGCAUGGUAGGAGCGACAUAACCUCAAAGCGCGUCGCUAUGCAUAAUCGAGACGCGACGGGCGGCGCGCGAGCGUUUUGAGGUCGCGUCAGGAUCGCGCGCACAGUCGUUACUUCGCCGUCUAAUUAGAAAAAGCAAAGAAAAAAUGGCGAUCGCUAGUAUCUUGCUGCGACUAGACGUCGCGAGGUUCACCGGAGUCAGAUACUUAAGCACAAAACCGAAAUUUGGUUUAAUCUUUGACAUUGAUGGUGUCAUAGUACGUGGGAAGCAAGUACUGCCACCGGUGAUAGACUCCUUCAAGCGACUGCGAGGAGAAGACAACAAGUUUCGCGUUCCCACGUUGUUCGUCACUAACAGCGGGAAUUCGCUGUGCAGUCAGAAAGCGGUGGAUCUGUCAAAAUGGAUAGGCUGUGAGGUCUUGGAGUCGCAGGUCGUGCUGGCUCAUUCACCGCUGCAAAUGUUCGAUUACCUUCACGACAAGCAAGUUCUCAUAUCUGGUCAGGGCCCAAUAACGCAGAUAGCCCGGGAACUGGGCUUCAAGAAGACAACGACGAUAGAGGAGUUAGUGAAGAACUUUCCGUCUUUGGAUUACGUAAACAUGAAGAAGAGGAACCCGAAGUGCGGUCCGGUCGAUCCGAAUUUCCCGCAGAUCGAGGGUCUCGUGCUGCUAAGCGAGCCGACAACCUGGGAGACGCCGUUGCAACUAAUGGUAGACCUCCUAGUUACCAACGGGAUGCCCACCGGGUUGCCCACCGCCGUCCCUUAUCCGCACAUUCCAGUAUUGGCGUGCAACAUGGAUCUGCUGUGGGCGUCGGAGGCGCCGAUUCCACGAUACGGCCACGGCGCUUUCCUGUUGUGUCUCGAGAACCUGUACAAGAAAGUCACGGGCAAGGACAUGACGUACACUGCUCUAGUCGGAAAACCUAGUGAGAUUACGUAUUAUCAUGCCAACCGUAUGCUCGUGAAUCACGCCAAAAGCAUUGGCGUUGACAGCGUCGAUACGAUUUACGCCAUUGGCGAUAACAUCAACACCGACGUCUUCGGCGCGAAUCUGUACGACAAGUAUUUGUCCCGUUACGAAUCCGGCGAAGGUACCAAGUCCCGCAGCCUGGAGAAGCUCCUCGGCAAUAACGUGAGGUCCCCCAGCACGAAGGCCUGCAUCAGCAUUUUAGUCGAGACCGGCGUGCAUCAACGAGAUUCCAAAUUCAUACCCGAGCACAGUCCCAGGGACUUCCUGCCAGUCGAGGAUGGCCUAUGUAAACCGGCGUUCAUCGUGGAGGACGUCGGGCAAGCUAUCAAUCUCGCGUUUAAAGAAGAGAAGUUUGAAUGAGUGGAUGCGUAAUAGAUGUUUUUAACCUUCGGAUGUUCAUAUCCUUAGAAACGGAGAGAAAGAGAAAAGAGAGAGAGAGAAAAAGAGUGCAAAGUACGUGAGUAUUAUAGCGAAUAAUCUUUUAAAGAGUACUAGAGUUUUCGUCGUAAAUGACGUUCCAAAGCAGAAUAACAACAGGAGAGGCUGCAAUACGAAAGCGUAAUAUUUAGUUUUGCUCCUUCGAUGUCUUUUUGACUUUAUUUGAGCUAGCUUAUUUUAGCGAAGAAAACGGGCCUUAUCCCACCUUAAGCAGGUUACUACAUGAGUUAAUGAUAAUAAGAGUAAUUAGAAUUUAAUGCCAUAUACAAAUGAACUAUCAAUCAAAGAGAACCAGGAUCUUGCAAGAUUUGUGCUCUCGCAAGAUUUGUUAAUUUAUAUCAUAGGUAAAAAUAAUACGGAAGAUAUAUCGCUAUCAUUAUUAUACUGUACAUAUGUUGAAAUGGAUAUAAAUAUAUAUAUAUAUAUAUAUAUAUGUAUGUAUGUAUGUAUGUAUGUAUGUAUGUAUGUAUGUAUGUAUAUGUAUAAAAAGAGAAUUUUGGUACAAAUUUCAGUAUACUUGUGACUGCUGAAAUCAACUUUUGUUUGAAAACGGCCCUGCAUGCGCUCUGAACCUAAUAUAGUAGCGUAAUAGUAGCUGAACUGCUGACAUUUUAUUAGACGAUGCGACGCGCGCUACACGUCGACCGUCUCUAAACACACGUUGAAUAAUUCUACAGCCUCAUAGUAGUAAUCUGAUCCGAAGGUAUUUUGUAUGCGAAGUGCAGUGUGCUCUACCAAAAUGCGCCUCGCUUAGUCAGAAGCAAUGCAAGAUAUGCAUAGUGAUAUGUAAUGCUCCCUAAAUGGAUUACUAGAUGUAACUUUGAUCGCUCCUGUAAAAUCAAAUACUGCGAUACGUUAUAUUGUGAGAACUAAAGGUAUGAUCUACUAUACUGAGGAAUAUAUAUAGAUUAUACUUGGUCAGGUCUAGUCUUGAAAUACAGCUCGUUAAUCGAACGCAAUGGAGAUGCAUGGAGAUUGCUCUUUUCUCCUCUGAUAUUGUUACUGAUUACUCAAAUUACGAUUGAAGAAGAUUAUCGCGACCUUCAGUCGCGAAUGUAAAUCAGCAAAAAUGAAUGAAUUCGAGAAGCAAUUGACGAGGAUCGAUCUGUAAAAUCGUAUCGACCAAUUUUCAAAAUCGUGUAGCUUUUAAGUUUCUAAAACACUCUUUUAAGGAUUCUAAAAUCUGUUCUCUCAACUUCAAGCAUUGAGAAUCGUUCUCCGCAGUAUGUGAAUUCUUGUCAGUUUUCUUUAAUUCCUUCAUUUAUUUCCUUCAUUUUAUUUAACGGAUGUCUCAAAUGCGUGUGGAUAAUGUCUUAGGAUUCCCCGACUUUUCCGUCUUGAUUAAGGAAAACGGAAUACUGAAUUAAAGAGAUCCGUUCUUAAAGUGCCAUUCGCGCGCGCUGAGACAUUCCGUGUAGAAAAGCUGCAUGAAACUGUCGACAUACCAACUCGAAGAUGAAAACGCACAUUUAUAUUUUAUACUUGCCCUUACACGGCGCGAUUUUGGCACAGCGAUAAGAUAACACAUGGAACAACGUUAAUAUUAAUUAAUAUGUCCGUCGAGACCAAGACUGACAAUUAAACAAAUAUCGUGAACAAAUCAGCUUAUCAUUCAUCAUUUGUGGCAAUGAGAUAUCGUGCAACGGUCAAAGCUUCAACAAUCACAUGCCAAUAAAAGCUCUGCCUCCACCACCGACAACACUUAUCGUUAGUAUAGUUUACGAAAGAGAGAGAAGAAGAUACAUCGCGUACUAAAGUGUAUAUAUAUAUAUAAAUACUAAGGCAGUUAUAUUAUAUAUAGUAUAGAAAACAUCGUGUUUGUGAGAGCAAUAUCGACAUCGUGUCUCCUAACUAUAUCAAAUGUAGAAUUCUUCUGAUGUAGCGAAUUGUUUGUGAAUUUUAUGGAGCAAAUUAAAAUUUAUUUUAAUAAA